GAGGCGGCGGCCGGCUCGGCCCAGCCCGGCCCGGCCCAACCCGCAGCUGCGGCGGCGCUCCGAGCCGGCUCCUGGCCACCCUCCGCCGCUGUCCAGUUUCUUACUUGGUCCGGGUGUCUGCGGUCCUGGUUCGGCCAGGCCUCGCUCGCCGCCGCUUCACCCACUAUGGCCCUGGUGCGGGGCGCCGAGCCGGCGGCGGGGCCCUCCCGCUGGCUCCCCACGCAUGUCCAGGUGACGGUGCUGCGGGCCCGCGGGCUGCGGGGCAAGAGCUCCGGCGCGGGCAGCACCAGCGACGCUUACACGGUGAUCCAGGUGGGCCGCGAGAAGUACAGCACGUCGGUGGUGGAGAAGACGCCAGGAUGUCCCGAGUGGCGCGAGGAAUGCUCCUUCGAGCUGCCGCCCGGCGCCCUGGACGGCCUGCUACGGGCGCAGGAGGCCGAUGCGGGCCCGGCGCCCUGGGCCGCGGGCUCAGCCGCCGCCUGCCAGCUGGUGCUCACCACCAUGCACCGUUCGCUCAUCGGCGUCGACAAAUUCCUGGGCCAGGCCACGGUGGCGCUGGAUGAGGUCUUCGGCGCAGGCCGCGCCCAGCACACUCAGUGGUACAAGCUGCACUCGAAGGCGGGCAAGAAGGAGAAGGAGCGCGGGGAGAUCCAGGUGACCAUCCAGUUCACGCGCAACAACCUCAGCGCCAGCAUGUUCGACCUGUCUGUGAAGGACAAGCCGCGGUCCCCCUUCAGUAAGAUCAAGGACAAGAUGAAGGGCAAGAAGAAGUUUGACCUGGAAUCUGCCUCUGCCAUCCUCCCCAGCAGCGCCCUGGAGGACCCCGAGCUGGGCAGCCUGGGCAAGAUGGGCAAAGCCAAAGGCUUCUUCCUCCGCAACAAGCUGCGGAAGUCCUCGCUGACCCAGUCCAACACCUCGCUGGGCUCAGACAGCACUCUGUCCUCGGCCAGCGGGAGCCUGGCCUACCAGGGCCCCGGCGCCGAGCUCCUCACCCGCUCGCCCAGCCGCAGCAGCUGGCUGUCUUCAGAAGGGGGCCGGGACUCUGCACAGUCCCCCAAGUUGCUCACCCACAAACGGACCUACAGUGAUGAGGCCAGCCAGAUGCGGGCAGGGCCUCCCCGGGCCCUUCUUGACCUUCAGGGCCACCUCGAUGGGGCCUCGCGCUCCUCUCUCUGUGUCAACGGGAGCCACAUAUACAACGAGGAGCCCCCGGCGCCCCCACGGCACCGCAGUUCCAUCUCGGGCCCGUUUCCACCCUCCAGCUCCCUGCACGCUGGCUCUUCCCGGCCCUCCGAGGAGGGGCCGCGGUCUGCGGACGACUCCUGGGCCCGAGGUAGCCGCCGCCCCAGCAGCUCCGAGGCAGUGCCUGGACAGGAGGAGCUGAGCUCACAGCCCAGAGUGUUGGCCGUGGGGGCCCGCCGCUCUGGAGAGGAGGAGGGGGCCCGGCCCUCGGAGGGGAGGCCGGUGCAGGUCACCACCCCCAUGGUGGCCUCCUCUGAGGCUGCGGUGGAGAAGGAGGGAGCCCGGAAGGAGGAGCGGAAGCCCCGGAUGGGCCUUUUCCACCAUCACCACCAGGGGCUGAGUCGGAGCGAGAUGGGGCGCCGAGGCUCUCUGGGGGAGAAGGGGAGCCCCACUCUGGGAGCCUCCCCCCACCACUCGUCCAGUGGGGAGGAAAAGGCCAAAAGUAGCUGGUUUGGCUUGAGAGAAGCCAAGGAGCCAUCCCAGAAACCCAGCCUGGACGUGUCUCCUCAGGUAGAAUCUGGCCUGGCUGCUCUUCCUCACCACCACCCCUGCUCCCCCUGUGCUCCGGCCCCCCCCACUGCUCCCCUGCUAAGCACUAACCUUGGUGCAGCCGCCUCCCCUGCUGCUGCCGCUGCCGCCGCCAUCCCCGAAGCCACCCCAUCUGGAUUCUCGGGUCUCACCAACCCGUUCCUCACCUCCCUGCAGAGCAACCCUUUCUUCGAGGAACUCAUAGCCGACAUAGCACUAAACUCUCCUUCACCUGCUCCCUCUCUCCCCAGUGCCUCGAGGGCCAACCCCACCCCCCUGGCCUCCCCUGGGAAAGCCCUGCCUGAGUGGGACGACACCUUCAACAUCUUUGCUGCCAGCAGGCUGCAUCCAGAGGCCAGGAGUGAGAUCCUGGCCCCACCAGGAGCAGGGCUGGAGGCGACUGGGCUGCAAGACCCAGGCCCCGGGGCCAUGACAAUGAAGGCAGCUGAGCUCCAGGGGGACCCUGGGGGAGGAGAAAGAGGUGGGAGCAGCGUGUGGCUGGAGCCCAGAAUUCCUCCGGACUUGGGACUGGACUGUCCGAGCACAAGUGUGGCUGACCCAGGGCCCCUCGGGUCAGAAGGGGCCUGUCUGCCCCCCGCGUCAGCCCAGCUGCACCCGGGAGCCUCAGCCUCCGGAGCAGACAGGGAGUUGCCGGCCCCAGGAGGGGAAGCAGGGCAGAGUCCGGCAGAUAGCGCGACGUCUCUGUUUAGCUCCCCAGAAGUGAUCAGCGUGUGGGAGAGGCUGCCUGGCCCAGACAGCUUCCCUGAGGCCCACCAGGACGAGGAGACCUGCCGAGGUGGAAGCCAGGUCUUCCACGAGCUCAAUACAGUGGACGAUUCCUGGCCAUGGGAUGUGGUCACCGUUUCUCCUGCGGCAGAGACUACCUCACCGGUCCUGCAGGGAGGGUCAUCUGAUGAGCUGCCUCCUCCCCAGAUGCAGCCACGGUCACCAGAACCUGUGAGCCCCCAGAGGAGCGGGGGGCUGCCCCCCCAGGAGCCAGACUCAGAGUCCAAGCCCGAGUGGGAGUUGGACCAGGGGCUGCAGCCCCAGACACCACCUCCCAAGCCACCGCGUCUCUUCACCCCUUCAGAUUCCCAGGAGAAGGAGGCAGCAGCAGCGGAGGAAGAGAAGAAGGCAGAGGCGGUGGAGGAGGAGGCGGUGGGGGGGCUGAGUCGCAGGGGGUCAGAGACGGGAGAAGAAGAUGUCAUCCCACGUGCACCCAUCGCUGGUCCCCAGGAGGCCGAGCAGGAGGAGGAGGCCCAGAAGCCCGAGCUGGAGUCUGACAGCCAUUCCUCUGGAGCCGCGCUGGGUGGGCCAGGCCCAGAUCUAGCAGAGGGUGCCAGCCCUCCCGCGGCAUCCGGGCCCUGCCUCUCUGUGCCCGCUAGCUGCCCUCAGGGCCCUGCCCCCACACCCCGUUACUCAAAGAGCUUGGCUCUUCAGCAGAUGUGGGGGACUCCAAAGAGAGAAGACCCUGAGGCCCAGUGCCAGGAUCCAGCAGGAGAGGGGCCUGGGUUCCCGACAGGCAGCCGCCGACAGGCUGGCUUAAGGCUCUCAGAGGAGGAUGCCUUGAACCCCUUCACGUCUCAGGGGAGCCAGGAUUCCCCCAGCCUCCCAUCCACAUCCCCUCCAGGGUCCAGGGAAUCUUCCAUCCGCUCUGGUCCAGAAAAGCUGUCCACCUCCCCAGAACCUGCCCUGCCACCACCCCCUCUCCCGCCCGGGGCCAGCCACCACCACGGGAGCCCCAGCCCACAGUGUUCUCCCCUGCCUGGAGCCUGGACCUUGACCUCUUCCUCCCUACCCCCCGGGGAGCCAGCCUCCCCCACUGGGAGCCCCCCCACCCCACUUGGGGAGGACCACGCUGCAGGCACCCCAGCCUCCCCGCUUGCGCUUCUGCCCUUGGAGACACGACCAGCUGAGGAUCCACAGCCCAGUGCCAGUCCCCACCCUGUGAAGCCCCUCAGCACUGCCCCAGUGGAGGGGAGCCCUGACCGGAAGCAGUCCCGCUCCAGUCUGAGCACAGCCCUGAGCAGCGGGCUGGAGAAGCUCAAGACAGUCACCUCCAGCAGCAUUCAGCCUGUGGCUCCAGCCCCCCAGGUUGGCCAGACUGCGGACGCCAAGAGGCUGAAGGACUCUGGUGUGCUGGACCAGUCGGCCAAAUACUACCACCUGACCCAUGACGAGCUCAUCGGCCUGCUCCUGCAGCGGGAGCGGGAGCUGAGCCAGCGGGACGAGCAUGUGCAGGAGCUGGAGAGCUACAUCGACCGGCUGCUGGUGCGGAUCAUGGAGAGCUCGCCCACGCUGCUGCAGAUCCCCCCUGCUCCCCCCAAGUAGCCCCCUUCAGCCCCAUCCCGGAGGGUUGGCGCAGACCUGCUAUCCCACAGGGCUCCUCCCUCCCUCCCUCCCGCUGAACUAAGCCCCAGCCUGUUCCCCCUGUCUCCUCCCUCAGCCGGGGCUGCUGGGAAGGGGGCCGUGGGGACUCCCACAGGCACCGUCAUGUACUGUGGACAACCUGUGUGUCUUUGGGAGCUCUGGGUCUUUCCCACCUGCCUGUUUUCAUACCCCUUAGCUAUAGGGGCUCCAGGGAAUUGGAACAAAGAAUUUAGCCCUCAAGAUGAAACCAGGGUGAGCUCCAAUUUGAUGUGGUACCUGGGACAUACUUUAUUACCCCCAUUUCUUCCACAGCUAAACCCUUGUCCUCUCCAUCUCCCUCCAGCCUAUGGAGGGCUCCUGGUAUUAUUGGGGCUGUGGCAGGGACCAAGCUGCCCAAAUAUCUGUGAGUUGUGGGCAACCAGGGUACCUACUCUUCAGCCUCACAUCCAUUCCCCCGGGAGCAGGGAGCCUCGUGGUCUAGCCUUUCUCUGCCAUGUCCGAGUCUGCUUGUUUCAUGAGCGAGUGCAGCGUGGAUGGAGGGAGAAGACGGAGGCCACUCCCCGCCCUCCUCUUCUGACUUUUGCAUCGAGUGAGUGUCACGUGUGAAUGUGUGGAGAGCUGGGCCCAGAGUUGGGAGAGUGCCUCCUCACUCACCUCCGGGCUUUGGGUUGCUUAUGUUUGGGGAUCAAGCCUCCAGCUCUGUUCUCGUUGUCUGUCUAGAUACUAAAACCCUGCUAGUGCAGGGUUUGAACUUUUGGAAACCAAUUAAAAUGUGCCUUUUGUGGGUGGGGUCAAAAGCCUCUGGAUGUAGACCUCUCCCCCUAAUUGGUGUUUCCUUUUCCUCCUGUUGAGCACAUGGGGUUGGAUCUCUUGGGAGCCUGGGAGUGGGAAAGGAGGGUAGGGCAGUGCUGCUGCAUGCUCUGCCCCUUCCCGUAGAAUUAAUUCCAGCUAAGGGUCUGGCCAAGCUGCUGCUGCUCUCUCAGCCUCCCUGCCAUCUCCUCCACCUCCCCAGUUGAGGAGGGUCUUAGGAUAAAAAUCACAUUCUGGAAGUGGGAGGUCCCACCCUGCCUAUACUUAGGAAAAAGCCUUUCUUGCCCUCCCAUUCAUCCACUAGCUGCUGACCAGCCUGUCCCUUCUGCCCCAUGUCCUUGCCUGGCUUUGCUGCAGUGCACUUUGAAACAAAGUGUCUACCCUUUGACACAGCCUCUGGUUUGCUUGUGGAAAACAUGACAGGCUUCCCCAUGGCAUCUGCAGGGAAAUCUUUGGUGGCUGGGGGCACUCUGCCUUAGCAAACCCUGUGGGGUGAGGAAGUGCUGAAGGGGGAUACUUCUGGCCCACUGAAAACGUGAGAGCUCCUCUGUGGCCACCUCUUCUUCGUGAGAUGGCCUGUGGGGAAAGCCACGGGAAGAGAUGUGCUGUCUGGGUGACGUCUUCCUUCUGCCAGGAUGAAGCAGAGGAGCCCCACACAUGGGGGAAAGCCCCUGUCAUGUCAUCUACCUUAAGAAUCACUCAGCAAAGCUGAAGAGUGUCCAUGGGUGCUCGAGACUUUAGUCAUGUUUUGGGGGGGGGUCACUGAGGGUGUCACUUCAGGAGGAGGGGGAUUACUCCUCCACUCAAUGUUCCUCUGUGCACUAUUCAGUCCCAGGCCUGACCCUGGUCUUCCGCUCACCCUUGGUUGUGGGCUUCCAAAAUGCCCAGGGCAGAGGUCUCUUUAAAAGAGUUUUGGGUUGAAGCCCAGGGUUCUUGUGGCUGUUGCUGCUCCUGGCCACCACUUGGAGGAGAGCUGCAGGUGAGGUGGGCGGGAGCAGGCACAGUACUGCUUUGCUGUUUGUCUUCCUAGUUGUAACGCCUGUUUAUAAAGAGCUUGUUCUUCAUGUUUUGAGCACUUUAUGAUGAAUAAAAAAUUAACAUACUGUA